CAAAAUGAGACGGUCUCGCCUGAGAUGGUCACACUACAGCUGAUGAAGUACUAUCUGUAUGAUAUAGUUAUCCCCCUUGUCUGUGCCUUCGGCUUCGUCGGCAAUAUUCUAAAUGUCGUCAUUUUCACAAAGAAAAAGAACAACAAGAUUCUGGAUGAGGUAGAGUACUGUACCACCAUAUGUCUGGUGGCACUGGCUGUAUCAGACAUGAUGUUUUGCCUGUGUACCUUUCCGAACGCAUUCCUACCCGAGCGAGUGAGCUUCCACCGAUCCGAGUUUAUGCUAUUCUAUAAGAUGUACAGUAUCGCUGUGAUCAGUACAUUCAUCCUAAGUAGCACUCUCCUCACUGUGCUUACUGCAUUCAUGCGCUACCUAGCGAUCUGUCAUCCAUUCCGUUCCCGUCAAUUUAUUUCUGUGAAAAUAACGGGUAUGGCCAUUAUUGUGGUAGGAGUGACUUCUGUCGGAUUUAACAUUCCUUCCCUUUGGAGGUUUAAGCAGGAAAAUUUGCCAUGCUUCGUUUCGGAGGAAUAUGUAACAACCACACGAGGGGACUUAUUUAACAACAUCAAUUUUGUUUACGCUCACAAACUUCUGUGGGCCAUACUAGGAAAUUUCCUACCACUGGCUAUUUUGUUAUAUUGUAACAUAUGCCUAAUCAGGGCCUUACACCAGAGCAAACAGCUGCGACUGCUUCACAGUCGUGACGAUACAACGUGUUUGUCAGCUCACCGGCGAAUCAACAUCACCCUCAUCACUAUCAUCAUAUUCUUCUUCAUUCUUGUUGCCCCGAGCGAGAUCACAAAAUUCUUCUUUUAUAUCAUUAAAGAGUACCAGAGAGACAGACAUACCUACAAAAUGGUAUCCAUGGUUACCAACACCUUACAGACCAUUAACUUUUCGGUCAAUUUCAUCCUUUAUUACGUUAUCAUAGCACCAUUCCGCAAAACUCUCCAUGAGUUUGUAUGUGCACUUUCACGUCCUCGUCGGAGUACAGAAACUCGGGAACACACAUCUAACAGUGGCAAACAAACCAUUAUGCUUCUGUCAGUCAAGGAGCAGCAGCAGAAUUGUAUAUAAUAACUUCAACCAACCUUUCUCAUGGGUAGUCGCUACUUAAGAAUUAAAGUGAU